ACGGGCCCGCUUCCCCGCGCAGCGGCGGCCGCCGGCCUCAUCACCAUGUUCAGCUGGGUGAACAAAGAUGCGCGGCGCAAGAAGGAGCCCGAGCUCUUCCAGACGGUGGCUGAGGGGCUGCGGCAGCUGUACGCGCAGAAGCUGCUGCCGCUCGAGGAGCAUUACCGCUUCCACGACUUCCACUCGCCGGCGCUCGAGGACGCCGACUUCGACAACAAGCCCAUGGUGCUGCUCGUGGGCCAGUACAGCACGGGCAAGACCACCUUCAUCCGGCACCUCAUCGAGCAGGACUUCCCCGGCAUGCGCAUCGGGCCCGAGCCCACCACCGACUCCUUCAUCGCCGUCAUGCAUGGCACGGCCGAGGGCGUGGUGCCGGGCAACGCGCUCGUCGUGGACCCGCGCCGGCCCUUCCGCAAGCUCAACGCCUUUGGCAAUGCCUUUCUUAACCGGUUCAUGUGUGCCCAGCUGCCCAACCCCGUCCUGGAGAGCAUCAGCAUUAUUGACACCCCAGGAAUCCUCUCUGGAGAAAAACAGCGCAUCAGCAGAGGUUAUGACUUUGCGGCCGUCCUCGAGUGGUUUGCCGAGCGAGUGGACCGCAUCAUCCUGCUCUUCGACGCCCACAAGCUGGACAUCUCGGAUGAGUUCUCCGAGGUGAUCAAGGCCUUGAAGAACCACGAAGACAAGAUCCGGGUGGUGCUGAACAAGGCGGACCAGAUCGAGACGCAGCAGCUGAUGCGGGUCUACGGGGCCCUCAUGUGGUCCCUGGGUAAGAUCAUCAACACACCCGAGGUGGUGAGGGUGUACAUCGGCUCCUUCUGGUCCCACCCCCUGCUCAUCCCAGACAACCGGAAGCUCUUCGAAGCUGAGGAGCAGGAUCUCUUCAAGGACAUCCAGUCUCUGCCCCGGAACGCCGCCCUCAGGAAGCUGAAUGACCUCAUCAAGCGAGCCCGGCUGGCCAAGGUCCACGCGUACAUCAUCAGCUCCCUCAAGAAGGAGAUGCCCAACAUGUUUGGGAAAGAGAGCAAAAAGAAGGAGCUCGUCAACAACCUGGGAGAAAUCUAUCAGAAGAUCGAGCGGGAGCACCAGAUCUCUCCCGGGGAUUUCCCAAAUCUUCGGAAGAUGCAGGAAUUGCUGCAGACUCAGGACUUCGGCAAGUUCCAGGCCCUGAAGCCCAAGCUCUUGGACACCGUGGACGACAUGUUGUCUAAAGACAUCGCUCGGCUGAUGGUGAUGGUGCGCCAGGAGGAGUCCCUCAUGCCCUCUCAGGCUGUGAAGGGCGGUGCCUUCGACGGCACCAUGAAUGGGCCCUUUGGCCACGGCUACGGAGAAGGGGCCGGAGAGGGCAUCGAUGACGUGGAGUGGGUGGUGGGCAAGGACAAGCCCACCUACGACGAGAUCUUCUACACCCUGUCUCCUGUCAAUGGCAAGAUCACCGGUGCCAACGCCAAGAAGGAGAUGGUGAAGUCCAAGCUCCCCAACACGGUCCUGGGGAAGAUCUGGAAGCUGGCCGACGUGGACAAAGAUGGGCUGCUGGAUGACGAGGAGUUUGCCCUGGCCAACCACUUGAUCAAGGUCAAGUUGGAAGGGCACGAGCUUCCUGCCGACCUGCCCCCCCAUCUGGUACCUCCCUCCAAACGGAGGCAUGAGUGACAAGUGACCCUGCCCGCCGCACAAGGGGGUGUGGCCCCGCUCUUACCUCUCAGCGUUUCUUGGCUUUCCGAAGCUUGGGGGGGAGGGGAAGGGGAUCCCAUUCUCGGUGCUCCCUUGCCGUGUCUGUUCCCUAAAGACCUGACUAGCAGAUGGGUUUUUGCAGCUCUCAGAAAGGAAAACCACCAUUGAAAAAACAUUUAUUCCAAGCCCGGUGGGGAGACAGAGGCAGCACUUGUCAAUGUUGGAAUUUUGUGCGCAAGAACUAUGGAUAUUUUUAAUAUAUGAAGUCAGAGGCAGUAUUCUUUCUUGCUCCCUCCCUUCCCUGUGUGUGUACCCCACCCCCACCCCCACCGAGCCUAACAGAAGACCCUGCCAGGCUCCCUCCCUCUGGCUGUCUAUACAGUGCACCCAAAGAGCCAGAACCCAGGGCCUACGAAGGCAGCCCCCACCCCCCCCACCCCCCGGCUGCAUGGCCACAAGCUCAUAGUCUUUUCCUGGAGCCACUGGUCUGGUCCUCUGGGUGGGGGGGCUUGUUACGCGCAGCAGACCUCUGUUGGCACACCGGUCACAGAUAGGAGCGGUGACGAGCAGGCCGCCCCUCCCUCUGUUCCUGAAUUCACACGGUACUCAGUGCCUUUGCCCACCCUUUGGCCUCAGCACUGGCUCCCCCACUCAGGCACUGCUGACUCUUUCCCUUCUUCCCCAGAGUCCUCCCCUGUAUCACACCAGCUUAGAUGCUCCAGGAGCUUCCACUUGCCCCUUGGAAGUCCCAGAAGCCCCGUGGGUUGUGUCUUCCCAAGAAAACCAACUAGGUUGGUUUUUUAUAUCUAUACACUCGACUUCCAAUUCCUGGAAGUUUCUAGCCACUUUGAGAACAGCUGUGUUUUUGACUCGCUUUCCACAAGCACCACCCUUUAUGAGAACAGCUGUGGAGGCCCCUCUGGUCUGGGAGUCAUUGAUGGCCCUGUUCUUUAACUUCAGACCCUUUGGGUGACGAUGGGCCUCCCCUGGCCCCAGUCCCUCGGUGUCCUGAUGUCUGCUCGUUGGGUAUGUGCUCGUCAGCGGUAUGCACUGUGGUGGCCCAAGGGCGCUGGGGCACCUGGCUUCCUCUUACACCAGGGCCCUUGGAAACAAGGCCCAGGGCUUCAGAGCAUUGAGGUGGGUCCCGAUUGUCUCUGAGGUGCCGAGCUGGCUUCCCGUCCUUCAGAGCCCCUCUCCUCCUCCUGUGCUUUGGGAUGAGGGUCUUGAGAGCCUCGGGGGGUUGAGUCAGAGUGGCCCUGAGCUCCCAGGACACUGCUCAGGAAGGACAAGCUGGGCCCCGCCCGGCCACUUGUCCUCUGUAGAUGCCUGCCUUCUGCCGGGUCUAGAACCUCCCGAAAAUGGUGGCAUUGUUACCUCCAACUGAACCCCCUCCCAUAAGGGGCUAAGUGUGGCCGAAGACUGCUCAUCUCUUAUUAAAAGGGUCUUAUUUAUACUCACAUGUGGAAAACCUGAAAAAAAUGGAGAUUUUUUUUUUCUUGCAUUAAAAAAAGGAAAAAUAGUGCCUAA